AUGGACUACAGCUCUGAAGAGUCAGAUAUCAGUGAGUCUGAGAUUGAAGAGUAUUCUGAGAAACCUUACGAACAGUUAAAGGCUGGGAAAUACAAAGUUCGGAAUUUCAAUGGCACUCUAAGGUGCCCAUAUUGUUCUGGAAAAAAGAAGCAGGAAUUCAAAUAUAAAGACUUGUUGCAACACGCAACUGGAGUAGGCAAAGGUUCAGCAAACAGAAGCGCAAUGCAAAAGGCGAACCAUCUUGCUCUGGCAAAGUAUUUGCAGACCGACUUAGUUAAUGAAGCAGAACAAGUACCUCCCCCAGCUGUGACCCAAACUGCCAUUCAACCUGUCCAGCAAGCUGAAAAUUAUGUUUGGCCAUGGACAGGCAUAAUUGUUAACAUAAAGAGCGAAUUGCAUGAUUCUGGAUACUGGCUAAAGGAAUUUGUCAAGUACAAACCAUUGGAUGUACAUGUAUUCAUGAUGGAUGGUGUUGCUCAGGCUGUAAUAGACUUCAACAAUGACUGGCAUGGUUUCAUGAAUGCAUGUGAAUUUGAAAAAUCCUUGGAAACUAAACAUCAUGGAAAAAGGGAUUGGAAUCCGAUGGACUUGCAGGCCAGUUCAGACAUUUAUGGAUGGCUUGCACGUGAAGAUGAUUUUUAUGGUGGAGGGUCAAUUGGGGAGUACCUUCGCAACAAAGGAAGGCUGAGAACAAUUUCAGAUAUUGUACAAGAAGCAUCUGAAAACAGAAGCAGCAUUGUGGAAAACCUGGCUAAUGAAAUUGAUAUUACAAAUGAAAACCUCAACAAAAUGCAGUAUAAGUAUAAUGAGAAAACAAUGUCCUUAAGUAGGAUGCUGGAGGAGAAAGACAAGCUUCACAAUGCUUUUGUUGAAGAGUCGAGGAGUAUGCAGCGUAAAGCUCGUGAGGAGGUACGAAGGAUCUUGGAAGAACAAGAAAAGUUGAGUAAUGAAUUGGAUGAAAAAAUGCGGAAGCUUGACUCCUGGAGCAGAGAUCUGAAUAAACGCGAGGUUAUAACUGAUCAAGAGAGGCAGAAACUUGAAGAGGACAAGAAGAAGAAAGACAUAAGGAAUGUAUCACUCAUGGCGGCUUCAAAGGAGCAGAAGAUAGCUGAUGAAAAUGUCUUCAGGCUUGUUGAAGAGCAAAAGAGAGAAAAAGAAGAGGCCUUAAACAAGAUCCUUCUAUUGGAAAAGCAGCUAGAUGCCAAACAAAAGUUAGAAAUGGAAAUUGAGGAGUUAAAAGGAAAACUGCAAGUUAUGAAACAUCUUGGAGAUCAAGAUGAUGCAGCUAUCAAGAAAAAAAUGGAAGAAAUGAAAGCUGAAUUGAAAGACAAAAUGGACGAUUUGGAUGAUAUGGAGGCCAUGAAUAACACCCUCGUGACCAAGGAGCGCCGAAGCAAUGAUGAACUUCAGGAAGCUCGUAAAGAGUUAAUAGAAGGGUUAAAUGAACUGCUGACUGGUGUUAAAACUAAUAUUGGGACCAAGAGAAUGGGAGACCUUGACCAGAAGGUCUUUGUGAAUGCAUGCAAGAAACGAUUUUCGGAAGAAGAAGCUGGGAUAAAGGGUGUUGAGCUUUGCUCUAUGUGGCAGGAGAAUGUGAAGAAUACAGCUUGGCACCCUUUCAAAGUGGUUAAAGUGAAUGAUGAACAUAAGACAGUUGUAGAUGAGGAAGAUGAGAAAAUACGAAAUCUCAAGCAGGAAUGGGGAGAUGAGGUAUAUUCAGCUGUUGAAACAGCCUUGAAAGAAAUAAAUGAAUACAAUGCAAGUGGUGGAUAUGCUGUUUGGGAGCUAUGGAACUUCAAAGAAAAUAGAAAGGCAACAUUGAAAGAAGUUAUUACUUAUAUUGUGGAACAAAUGAAGAACCUUAAACGCAGGAGAAAAUAG